AUGAGCCAGCUGGAAGCAGCGGGAGUGUGGAGCCCCGAGUCCUGGCCUCGCCACCUUCACCUGAACUCUGAGCCCUGGGCGCUGCUCCAGGGGGGGAUUGGCACCACGCGAUGCAGCCCAGGUCCGCCUCUGUCCCCCUCCUGCCCCGCGACCGGCGGCCCUGUGGCCGUGAGCCUUUUGUGGGCCUGGUGCCGGGGGCUGGACGGGGACGUGCACAGGGCCCCGCUGGUCACCGGCAUCCCAAGGGGGCAGGCUGCCAGUGAGGCUGUCCUGCAGCCGGCCUUCCCGGCCCUGGGCGCGUGCAGGCUGCGGAACACGCGGGCCGUGAGGAACGAGGAGGCCGAGGCCGCCCUGGUGGAGCCCGUGGAGGACGUUAAUCGCGCCGCCAUCCCCAGGGAGAUCCUGGGCCAGGCCGGUGUCUGGAAGGUUCUGUGCAAGGUGCAGAGGACAAUCCUGAGACAGAUGGAAUGCCUGCUGCUGGACGAAAGGCCCACUCAGGCCACAGUGGCUGGGGACACUGGGGACACGUCCAUCCCUCGUACUUCGGCGACUGAGGCCCCAGGGUCGGAGCAGGCGGCCUGGAAAGCUGGCUCCCCUGGUGCAGCCGGCAAGGCUGGGAGGGGCCAUCGGGGCUGCAGAAACAGAGCCAGAGGCAAGAGGUUGACCCCGAAGGGCAAGAAGAGCGGCAGAGCAGGGCGGGCGUUUACCUCUGCAAAGAGCAAUUCCAAGGACUCUUCCAUCGAGAGCCGGGCCAUCGAGAUGGCAGAGGUGGAGGAGGAGGACUCGGGCGCAGAUGACAAUGACAAUGUGCUGUCCCCGAUGUCAGACAGCCAAAAGCAACAAGAAGUUAAGAAGCAGUGGGCCCUCCAGGGCAACAGGGACAAGGCAGAGGGUCCCCCGGAGCUCUUGGCCCUGGUGAUGGUGACGGACAGAGCCAAGAAGGAGGAGAUGGAGAAAGGGCCCCCAGAUUUGGUGAGAUUGACACAGAGCCGGCGGCUGCACCCCGACAUGGUGGCUCUCUUGGCCACGAGGGACGGAUCUGAUGAGAUGCCCAAGGGCAGCGAUGCAUCCAAGGCGGGUCCAGGAACGCAACAACCAAGACGCAGAGGGGGGAUGGAGAACCCCGCGUUGGCCAUGGUGGCCGAGAGGAGCGCGUCAGACUAAAACCGGGAGGAGACGUUGAAAGUCGCUCCUGCAGCAGAGUCACUGGGCUUGAGCGACCAGAAAGACCAAAAAGAUGAUGCCCUUCCCAAGGGCUCCUCCGUCAUGGCCAAGGAGGCUUCGGGAACCCACGUGCAGGCAGAGGAGGCAGGCUGCCGGGUGGAUGCCAUGGUCCUGAGGAAGGCCGAGGGCGGCGGGAAGCUUCUGGAAGGUAUUUCCACCUCAGCUGAGCCUGAGAAGGCCUUUGAGAGGAAGAAGUCUCGUGGGGGCAGGAGGCCGCUUCCCCAGUGCCGCUGGGGACACGGAGGCAGCCAACCCCUGCGCCUCCUGGGUGGCGCGCGGUCCCGAUGGAAGAAGGAGCGAAAAACUCGUCCCCCGGAGGCAGCAGCCCCAGUGAUGGCUUCAGUGUCCGUGCCCCCCACCCGGGCCCUCAGCCCCCACCCCAGCAUCAUCUCCCCAGCGCAAGCCUCGGCCCAGCCGAGCCCUCUCAGGCCCAGAGCAGCAGUGUCUUUGCAAUUUGGGACCAGGAAUACCCCGCAGUCAAGACGGAUGGACCGCCUGGAUCCCUGUUCCCUGCUCUAA